AUGGACGCACUGGAAUUCCACCGUGAUACGGUGCGCAUGCUAAAGGAGCAGCUCAGGGAAAUUCAGGAGGCGCGAAUGCAAUACAACCAAGGCCCAGCCAACAACAGAGCAAACGACUGGCCCACCGACAGAGGCAUAGCAGCCCUCUUCCCCAUCAACAUACCCCGCGCCUUCACCCCCGCCACCCCAACCCUCCUAGCACAAACAACCCUCCUCGCCCUCGCCAUCUACAUCCUCCCCAACCCAAUCCUCGCCCUCCUAUACAGCCUCAUCGGCAUUCUCAGCGUAGGCCUCAUCAGCCGCCUCCUCCACCGCCUCCCGCAACGCCACGAACUCCAGACAGAGCGCCACCGCCUCCACCGCCUUAUCAACAAGCUCGUUGUCGUGUACCGCCUCGGCCAUGCCCGUCGCGGAUACGGAGGAGGGGAAGUGGUGGCGAGGAUGGUGGUCAGGAUUGACGCGAUUGAGCAUGAUUUGGCGCUGGAGCGAAUGCAGCGGGAUGUUGCGGGGAUGGUGGACAUGGUUGCGCGGGACACGACGAGGUUUUUGAGGUGGGAAGGAGUGGUUUUCGGGUGCAUCUGGCAGGGCAGGAUUGCUAAAGAUUGGGAAGAUGAGUAG